AUGCAAAGUUUAAGAGCCUCUGUAACUGAAGUUUCAUUUAAAUCUCGUGAGACGGGAAAUUAUUUGGAUAUAUUGAGAACAGAAGUAUUGGAGAUGCACGGCAGUAUGCCUGCUCGAGAAAAUACUCUUGCUAAUUCACCGCUCCUUUCCUUCCGUUCAACUGUAUCAAAAUUACCAACAAAUUUUCCAUUGACAUAUAGCUGUGGUACCGUUCGAAUGCCACCAUUUCUACGUUUGAGGUAA